AAAUAACUUGCAAAAAGAAAGAGAGAAAAAAAGGGCAAGACACAACAUUUCGGUCUCGCCUUCUCUCGCCCACGCGGGCGGCGACACUCAACACUUUGAGCGGAGCUGACGCGAACCCGCGAGCAGCGCCGCCGAGAGAGCCGCCACGAAUAGAAUCCAGUCUGCAGGACCCCGGCCGGCCGACCGGGACAGGACCUCGUGCUCCUCGGGCAGUGGACUCGUAUCUUUACCCUCCUCCCUCCGCUCUUCGUUACCUUUCCCCGGCUGGUUGGCGCUAACUCGCGUGUUUUUUUGCGCCUGUUAAUUACGUGGAGAGGAUUUGUUGCGCGUGUUGCGUUGCUGUUGUUGUGAAGACGGGACUAUAACCGGAGUGGGUUCCGAGCCGGAGAGAAAUGCCAACGGCGGCGACAAAGAGGAGAUUCAGUGUUAGUCUUUGAUCCUGUCAGAGUGGGACGUGUCUAGCAGGGGACUGAGGAGAGAGCAGUGCCAACUUGGACCAUGGGGCCGAACCGUCACCGGGCAGUGCCCCUCCUGCUUCUACUCAGCUGCACAGUGUUCUCCUCGCAGGCAGACACCGUGCCAAGUUUCCUCAAAUCCCCCGAGGACCAGACGGGCAUCUCGGGAGGAGUUGCGUCGUUUGUGUGCCAGGCCACCGGGGAGCCCAAACCCAGAAUCACCUGGAUGAAGAAAGGCAAGAAAGUCAGCUCCCAGCGCUUUGAGGUGAUUGAGUUUGAUGACGGCUCGGGCUCCGUCCUGCGGAUCCAGCCACUGCGCACACACAGAGACGAAGCCAUUUACGAGUGCACCGCCACCAACAACGAUGGCGAGAUCAGCACCAGUGCCAAGCUUACCGUGCUUGAAGAGAACCAGGUGCCCCAUGGCUUCCCCACCAUCGAUAUGGGUCCCCAGCUGAAGGUGGUUGAAAAGACCAGAACGGCCACCAUGCUGUGUGCCGCCAGCGGAAACCCGGACCCAGAGAUAACAUGGUUCAAGGACAUGCUGCCUGUGGACAUCAGCAGCAGCAACGGGCGCAUGAAACAGCUUCGUUCAGGGGCUCUGCAAAUUGAGAACAGCGAGGAGUCGGACCAAGGGAAAUAUGAAUGCAUUGCCAUGAACAGUGCCGGGACCCGCUACUCCUCACCUGCCAAUCUCUACGUACGAGUGCGGCGAGUCCCACCCAGAUUCUCAAUUCCACCCACCAAUCAGGAGGUGAUGCCGGGCGGCAGCGUCAACCUGACGUGCGUGGCGGUGGGCUCGCCGAUGCCCUACGUCAAGUGGACGAUGGGCCAGCUGGAGCUGACGAAGGAGGAAGAGAUGCCUUUGGGACGCAACGUGCUGGAGGUCAUCAACAUCCGCGAGUCGGCCAACUACACCUGUGUGGCCAUCUCCUCUCUGGGCAUGAUCGAAGCCACCGCUCAGGUCACUGUCAAAGCCUUGCCAAAGCCCCCCACCUCCCUCAUUGUAACCGAGACAACAGCCACCAGUGUGACUCUCACCUGGGACUCUGGAAACCCAGAACCCGUCUCCUACUACAUGAUCCAGUACAGAGCCAAGUCCUCAGACAAUGGCUUCCAGGAAGUGGAAGGUGUGGCCACGACCCGAUACAGCAUCGGUGGACUCAGCCCCUACUCCGAGUACGAGUUCCGUGUCAUGGCUGUCAACAACAUUGGCCGCGGGCCGCAGAGCGACCCUGUGGAGACGCGCACCGGUGAACAGGCCCCCUCCUCGUCGCCUGUGCACGUCCAAGCGCGCAUGCUGAGUGCCAGCACAAUGCUGGUGCAGUGGGAAUCGCCCGAGGAACCCAACGGGCAAAUCAGGGGCUACCGGGUCUACUACAGCUCGGACCUGACGGCUCCGCUCAGCGCGUGGCAGAAGCACAACACCGACGACAGCAGUCUGACGACCAUCUCGAGCCUGACUCCCGAUAUCACCUACAGCCUCAGGGUGCUGGGCUUCACCUCGGUCGGGGACGGGCCACCUUCUGACGUCCUGCAGGUCAAAACCCAGCAGGGAGUUCCUGCCCAGCCGUCCAGCUUUGAGGCCGAAGCCGAGCUGGACAGCCGCAUAAUGCUAACAUGGCUGUGGCCCGUGCAGGACCCCAUCACGCUGUAUGAGCUGCAGUACUGGGAGACGGGCUCAGAGAACAAGAUACAUGUGACCUUCAACCUAGCUGGUUCCUAUGCUGUUGAUGGUCUCAAGCCUGACACCUUGUACCACUUCUCACUGGCAGCCCGCUCUGAGAUGGGCUUCGGCGUCUACACUCAGCCCAUCGAGGCUCGCACCGCCCAGUCCACCCCAUCCGCCCCCCCUCAGGAUGUACAUCUGGUCAGCCUGAGCUCCACCAGCCUCAAGGUGAGUUGGGUGGCCCCGCCCGCCGCUAGCCGCCACGGCGCCAUCGUGCGCUACACAGUCAGCUACCAGGCCCUGGCUGGGGAGGACACGGAGCGCCAUGAGGUGGUGGGCAUCGGUGUCGACGUCACCAGCUAUUUGCUGGAAGGCCUGGAGAAGUGGACUGAGUAUCAGGUGUGGGUGAGGGCACACACCGAUGUGGGCCCGGGCCCUGAGAGUGCCCCGGUGAGGAUGAGGACCAAAGAGGAUGUGCCUGGAGCACCACCCAGGAGGCUCGAGGUUGAGGCUAUAAACUCCACGGCAAUCCGGGUGACCUGGAAGCCGCCCCUGCAGGCGAAGCAUCACGGGCAAAUCCGGGGCUACCAAGUCAUUUUCUCUCGGCUUGAACACGGUGAACCGCGAGGCCAGCCGAACAUCAUGGACAUUGCUUUGCCAGAGGCACAGUGGAAUAUUGAGGAGUCCACCGAGCAUGAGGCCAUUAUUGUUGGACUGCACUCUGAAACCACCUACUCUGUCACUGUAGCAGCCUACACCACCAAGGGAGACGGAGCUCGGAGCAAAGCUAAAGUCAUCACCACGACUGGUGCAGUGCCAGGCAAGCCCACUAUGAUUAUCAGCACCACCAUGGGCAACACAGCGCUGAUCCAAUGGCAACCCCCGCAGGAAAUGGUGGGUGAGCUGGUGGGCUACCUGUUGCAGUACAAGCGCACCGAUGAGGAAAACUACAACGCACGCGAGCUAAAAAAGACCGACGACCAUUACACCGUCACCGGGCUGCACAAAGGCGCCACCUACGUCUUCCGUCUCAGCGCCCGUAACCGCGCAGGCAGCGGCGAGGCCUACGCGAAGGAGAUCAGCACCCCUGAAGACAUGCCCUCGGGCUUCCCGUUCAACCUUCAAGUCACAGGACUGACCCAGUCCAGCACCCAGCUGACCUGGGAGCCCCCGCUGAUAGCUGAAAGGAACGGGAAGAUCGUCCACUACGUGGUCGUGUACAAGGACAUCAACAGUCAUCAGAACAGCACAAACCGCACGGGCGACACGCGCAUGACUAUCCAGGGCCUCAACCCUGACACCACCUACGACAUCCGGGUACAGGCCUUCAACAGUAAGGGCGGGGGACCCCUCAGCCCCAGCAUUCAGAGCAGGACCAUGUCCAACGAUUUUCCCACCCUGAAUUUUGGUGUCAAAGCAGUCAUGAAGACGUCGGUCCUCCUCACCUGGGAUUUGCCACUGAACUACAAAUCCCAAGUACCUUUCAAGAUCCUGUACAACCAGCAGAGCGUGGAAGUGCAGGGAAACCUGAAGAGGAAGCUGAUCGCGCAGCUGCAGCCAGACACAGACUACUCCUUUGUGCUGACAAGCAGGGGCAACAUUGCUGGAGGUCUGCAGCAGCAGGUGUCCAUCCGCACUGCCCCUGACCUGAUCAAGACUAAGCCCAGCACAUAUCAGGCUCAGGGUGGCAAGAUGACCAUCAACCUGCCCACGGUCCAGACCACCACACGCGUCAGGUGGUACUACAUCGUGGUGAUGCCGGUGUCCCAGUCAACCCGGCGGUGGAAGAAUCCAGACGAGAUGGACCUGGACGAGCUGCUCAGGUCGAGUGAAGGCCCUGCCCUGAGGCGCCGCCGUCACCUGGAUUCCUCCCAGCCUUACAUCGCUGCCAAGUUGGCCUCACUGCCCGCCACCUUCACCGUGGGUGAUGAGAAGAGGUACAACGGCUUCCACAACAAGCCGCUCACCAGUUCGCAGGAGUACCUCUGCUUCGUCCUGGCCGUGCUCCGAUACGAAGGAACAGACAGCACUGCAAAUUAUAUGACAUUCUCCGCCAGUCCCUACUCGGACCCAAUCCAGGUCACAACAACGAUGUCUCAGGGGAUGGAGCAACCCGAAAUGUUGUGGGUUAUGGGCCCAGUGCUGGCUGUGGUCCUCAUCAUCAUCAUCGUCAUCGCCAUCCUGCUCUUUAAGAACAGCAAACAGGAAAGGAAGCGGGCGUCUCCCCUACCCAAAGAUGACCACUCAGGUGGGGUGAAAGACUCCCUGCUGGCCAACUCCUCUGACCCCGUGGAGAUGAGAAGACUCAACUACCAGACCCCAGGUCCCAGCUCUCAUCACUGCCCCAACACUCCAAGAAUGAAGGAGCACCCGCCCAUUCCAGUCACGGAAAUGGCUGACCACAUGGAGCGACUGAAGGCCAACGACGGCCUCCGCUUCUCCCAGGAGUACGAGUCCAUUGAUCCAGGCCAGCAGUUUACCUGGGAGAACUCCAACAUGGAGGUCAACAAGCCAAAGAAUCGCUAUGCAAACGUCAUUGCCUAUGACCACUCCAGAGUGGUGCUCACCUCUGUUGACGCCGUUCCAGGCAGUGACUACAUCAAUUCCAACUACAUCGACGGCUACAGGAAGCAGAAUGCCUACAUUGCCACACAGGGGCCACUGCCGGAGACUCUGAGCGACUUCUGGAGGAUGGUGUGGGAGCAAAGAUCCAACACCAUCGUCAUGAUGACCAGACUGGAGGAAAAGUCACGGGUGAAGUGUGACCAGUACUGGCCGUCGCGAGGCACAGAGACCUAUGGAAUGAUCCAGGUCACCAUGCUGGACACGGUGGAGUUGGCCACUUACAGCGUCCGGACUUUCGCCCUCUACAAGAACGGCUCCAGUGAGAAGAGGGAGGUGAGACAGUUCCAGUUCAUGGCGUGGCCAGACCACGGGGUGCCAGAGUACCCCACCCCCAUUCUGGCCUUCCUUCGGAGGGUAAAAGCCUGCAAUCCGUCAGAUGCAGGGCCCAUGGUGGUCCACUGCAGUGCGGGCGUGGGCAGGACCGGCUGCUUCAUCGUGAUCGAUGCCAUGCUGGAGCGCAUGAAGCACGAGAAGUCCGUGGACAUCUACGGCCACGUGACGUGCAUGCGUGCCCAGAGGAACUACAUGGUCCAGACCGAGGACCAGUACAUCUUUAUCCACGAAGCGCUGCUGGAGGCCGCCACCUGCGGCAACACCGAGGUUCCGGCACGCAACCUGUACGCCCACAUCCAGAAGCUCACCCAGCCCCCGCCCGGCGAGACGGUGACUGCCAUGGAGUUGGAGUUCAAGAGACUGGCCAACUCCAAAGCGCACACGUCACGCUUCAUCAGCGCCAAUUUACCGUGCAACAAGUUCAAGAACCGCCUGGUCAACAUCAUGCCUUUUGAGUCCACCCGCGUCUGCCUGCAGCCCAUCCGUGGGGUCGAGGGCUCCGACUACAUCAACGCCAGCUGCAUCGACGGCUACAGGCAGCAGAAGGCCUACCUGGCAACACAGGGCCCCCUGGCGGAGACCACCGAGGACUUCUGGAGGAUGCUGUGGGAGCACAACUCCACCAUCAUCGUCAUGCUCACCAAGCUACGAGAGAUGGGACGGGAGAAGUGCCAUCAGUACUGGCCAGCGGAGCGCUCAGCCAGGUACCAGUACUUUGUGGUGGAUCCAAUGGCCGAGUACAACAUGCCCCAGUACAUCCUCAGAGAGUUCAAAGUCACAGAUGCCAGGGACGGCCAGUCCAGAACAAUCCGCCAAUUCCAGUUCACUGACUGGCCUGAGCAAGGAGUUCCAAAAACUGGAGAAGGCUUCAUUGAUUUCAUUGGACAGGUUCACAAAACCAAGGAACAGUUUGGACAGGACGGACCAAUCACUGUCCACUGCAGUGCCGGGGUUGGCAGGACCGGAGUCUUCAUCACCCUCAGCAUCGUGCUGGAGAGGAUGCGGUACGAAGGCGUGGUCGACCUCUUCCAGACGGUGAAGACGCUUCGCACCCAGCGGCCCGCCAUGGUGCAGACCGAGGACCAGUACCAGUUGUGCUACAGGGCAGCGUUGGAGUACCUGGGGAGCUUUGACCACUAUGCAACAUAACCACUCCCAUCGAGCAGCCUCCCUGGUCAGACCUCUCAGGAGUGUGCCAAGUGACCCAUCUCAGCCACCAUCCACUCACUUGAACCCCCCCCCCCCCUCUCACCGUUACCGGAGGGGAGGAGAAAGGGACGCACGCGCUCGCGGACCCGGCGACGGGGUUCAACCAAUCACAGAGAUCCACGCCGACUUAACCAACCACAUGAGAUUUUGCUUUCAAAAAAUAAUAACGGAAACAUUACAAUGACAAUGGCAAACAUGACAACUCUUGUACAGACGCGACAGCGCAGACGGGCCGCUCUGCUCUGCCGAAGCCAAACCUCCCUGAUUGUCAAAGGCUACUGGUAGCACUAAGAGAGCUCUCCUCUCUGUUUUUAUGUUAAAUUUAUUGUCAAUAUUAUGAUUCAUUUUUAUCAAAAGUUAUCGUUUAGUAUAUUUGUUGUUUUAAUAAUCAUUUUAACAUCAGACAUUUCUUCUGUCUUAAACUGCCUCUGGCGCGCAUUAUUUUCAUAGUCGGUACUUUUUUCUUUCGUUUCUUAUUUUAGGGUACUUUAGCACAAGGGACAUGUAUUUUUAACACGUUCCUAGAUACUAAUACCGGAGGACCACUGUUCUCUGAGCUGCUGUCAGAUUUCUUUUGUCACCUGACAUUAUUGUUUUCUUCAUUGUAUGCGUCAUGAAUAUUGUGUUUGGUCUUACUCAGUUCAAUAACUCAAACAAUUGCCUUUUCACUUGCCGUUUUGGAUAAAUAAAUAAAAAAAUCAACUUUGAGAAAAUGGAUUUCAGAGCAAACACUUGUUAAAGUUUGGCCUGUAAACGUGGUAGCUACUUAUAAAACAAGACGUGGAUGAGCCAACAAGAGACUGAAGAGGUGUACAGAAAUGAGAAGCACAUGGUUUCUACGUGUUGUUUAGUUUUCCAUCAGAAGCCGGCGGCAUCGAGGCCUUCACACUCCACAGCGGAGAGAACUGACCGGAGGAAAACAAACUGUUGUACCCGACGGGUAACUGACAGAAAACCACCUCCCCGAUUCGCUCUUCAAGUCCCUCCCAUCUCCUCGCUGCCCGUUAGUCCGGUCAGUUGGAGCUGAGCCACACAGAGCGAAAGCAGUGGAAGUGGUUCACGUGGGAGUGGAGCCGACCACGCCGGCACCUGUACAGAAUCAACCAUUCCUACCAGAGGGAGAGACACUCGGCCCUUUGGACUGAAGCCUGAUAUUAUUUUAUACAGAAAUAGAACUAUAAAUAUAAAUAUAUAUAUAUAAUAAUGAUUGAUUAUAUAUAUAUAUAUGUUCAAUUACACAUAGAUAUAUACACAUUUUCAAAGGUAUAUUGUUCCGCUGAUCUACCGACCCUGGAGACACGGCAGAGCGCUGCUGUCCUCGAGUGUGUAUUAAAGGAAACACCGUUGUAUCUACUGUACUACCAUCGUCAUCUUCGACAGCUGGGUGUCUGAGUGAGGAGAAACAGCCCCACCCCCCCCUCCACCCAUUACAAUGGACUCCUCCUCUUCACCCAAUCGCACCGCUCAAGCACACAUCUUCUCCCACACGAGGGAGCGUCUGAUCGCGAGAGGCCUGGAGGUGGUGGAGGUGGUGGUGGUGGAGGUGGUGGUGGUGGAGGCGGCGGCGGUGGGAGGGGGACUUGAAACUGCUGCCGAUAAAAACUCAAAUGUUCAUUUUUACCUUGUGAAUGCUUAGUGCUGUAGGGGUUCGAUCUGUUGUACACACAGUCUGUUUUCUAUUUGUUGACAAAGAACUGGAAUUUAAAAAGAAACUGUUGAUGAAAAUGAAAAAACAUUGAUGUUAAUAAAGUUAAAUAAUUGGG